GUAGUGUCUUACGAAGGUUAUUAGUGGGUUAUAAUCUCUCCUCAAGUUACAGCAUAUUUGAAAUGGGUUAACAAUUAUCUGUCAUAUACAAUUUACAAUUUAACUUAAAUGAUCACUGAUAACUCCGGAAAAUCACAUGAUGUCCUGCUCUCUAACGAAAAGUUCGAUCCGAUCGAGUUGGAAAAUCGAUAUGUUCAUCAAGUAUAUGAUGUGAUAGCCUCUGAGUUCAGUUCUACUCGACAUUCACCUUGGCCUAGUGUUGUGAAAUUUAUUGAAGCACAAUCACCGGGUAGCCUUGGUGUUGACGUAGGUUGUGGAAAUGGAAAAUAUCUUACUGCAUCGUCAAAAUAUUAUGCUGCUAUGAGAGCUAGCACUUCAUCAACUAGUGUACAGUGCAAAAGUAUAGUUGCCACUUCUAAUUUCAUUCCUAUCGCUGCUAUGGAGAGAAGCCCCAAACUAGCAGAGAUUGUAUAUAACAGAGGCUUCGAUGUAGUCAUAGCUGUUAUUCAUCAUUUAUCCACUAUGGCUAGGCGUAUAGAAGCAGUUAAUGAGUUGGCUCGUAUUCUACGCGUUGGAGGUCGAGGGUUAAUACAAGUUUGGGCUAAAGAACAACAUGGUAUUUCAAAAUCUGAACCGUCAUAUUACGUUAAUCGUAAGACAAAAACUGUUUGUAACGUCAACGAUUCUCCAGAAUCACUCUCGAAAAUCGUUGAAGCUGUCCCUGGUACCUAUUUACCUUUACACGUCAAUGGUACAGAAUUUCAAAAUACAGAUAUGUUAGUUCCUUGGAAGAAAAAAAACUACACGGUGACCGAUCAGUUGAAAGAGUCUAAUCAACCAUUACCCAAUUCAAUGUAUGGUCGUUAUUAUCACUUAUUUGUUAUGGGAGAAUUGGAUGAUCUAAUAUCAAAAGUACCUGCUCUAAAAAUUGACAAAUCUUUCUACGAACAAGGAAAUUGGGUUGUACAUGUAACAAAAGUUGUAUAAAUGUAUUUGGAUUGUUAUGAUAAUCGGAAAUAAUUAAACAAAUUAGUUUGUAUGUGUCUGAACAGAAAUCUGUGCAAUACAAUGAAUUUAGCUUCUUUUGGAAAUAUUGUCGUUUUUGCUUUGUUUAAGAUAAAGCAACUUAGUGGCCUGUUUAUGAUAUUAUGUCUUGGAAUCAUUGACGAUUGGUAUGUGCAUCUCAACUCCAUGGAUUAAGUUUUAUAGGCUAUGCUUUGAUUUCAGGUAUGACUAGAAAGAUUAUCGCGAAUAAAACUCAUUCAAGUUAAUUUUUUUCUGGAUUGCUGUCUGUAUAAUUCUGUUAAACUAUUUUGUGUGACUUUCCUUCUGAUGCCCAUGUAAUAACUAAUCUAUCUUGAAUAACAGCAAUAUAACAUAUCUGUAUUGGUUAAACACAAAUAAUAGUCUAGUUCAAAGAAUUUUGUGUAGAUGGCUUUAAUAUGUAAGUUUUAUCUGCCACAGAUUAAUCUCAAGUGAGGUAUCAUUGAAAACCAGGAAUCACUGGAGAGGUGUUUCGUCCCACUAUGUGACUCUUCAACAAUGUAUAUCCACAACCCCACAAGGGAUUGCACAAACGAUAAAUAUAACUCGUAGGUCAAACUGAUUUGCACAAGCUUAACUGAACUAAAAUAGUUAGCUCACUAGUUACUUCACUUAAAACGCUUUUAAAAUUCCAUUGAGAAAUAGUGACUGAUGGAGUUCAAGUAUAUCGUGA